GUAUGUACGAUUCCGUGUCUUGCCCUCGUUCUCCCCAAAUAGGCAGACCUGAUUCUUCAGGGUGCUGAGUCUCGUAUGAGCACUUCUACUUCAUUUCUGGCUUCCUCACUUGCUCAUUCGCUUCCACAUCGCGAUCGGAAGCCACCACUCGCUGCGUUUCCGCCAAUCAUCUUAUCAUCUAUUCCUCGCUCUUCACUUCGCUUCUUUUCCUCGGUGAAAUUGUAUCGCCGAAAAACCUGCCGGCAAGCUUCUUGCAUAAUGCCCUCCGGCGUCAUCCACUCAAGUUUCCACACGGAGAAUUUGGAACUCAACGAAGUGUCCGAUUUCGAUAAGCUUCUAUCUUCCGACGGCCAAAUCUCAAUAUGUGGCUUCGGGUCUCUUCUCUCUGAGAGAAGCGCGAGGAGUACAUUUCCCAAUCUGUUGAAUUUCAGAGUUGCGAGAUUAAAUGGAUUUCGACGAGUUUUUGCUCACGUCGCUCCCAUUUUCUUCGAGCGCGGUAUCGCCAAACCUGAGACUAAGGAGAUUUCAAGCUUAAGCGUGGAGACUUGUGAAGGGGAAACGCUUAUCGUUACUGUGUUUGAGAUCAAUAGAUCCGAGAUUCCAGCUUUCAUGCGAAGAGAGCUUGAGUUCCGUUUUUUGGCGGUUGUACCUGAAACACUCAAUGGAGAGCCCUUUACCAAUCCUGCGGUGCUUUGCACUCGAUAUAGUGAUGAGGAAUUCUUCCAGAUUAGAUGCAAAGGAAGCAAAGAGCUUUAUUUCCAGGAAUAUGGGCGGUACAACAUCGAUAAGAUAUGGAGAGAUGAUAUUUUACCUUGCCGUGUCUAUCUUCGGCAUUGUGUGUUGGCAGCAAAGAAUCUUAGCGAUGCAGCUUAUGACAACUUUCUGGAUCACACUUUCCUUGGAGAUCGUCAAACAACAAUCCGUGAGUACUUGGCAACAACAGGUUCAGGCAUAAUGGAAGAAGAGCCACCAGAGUCGCUCAAGACCAGAUAUGGUGGUUGAUAUAAUAAUGGAAGGAAACUUUGUCUGCAAAACCAAUUUGUUGAAAUUGGUUUAAUGUUUCUUAUGGUUCGCCCAUUUCUCUGCCUGCUUUCAAUUUGGCAGAUGCUGACUGUGAUGGACAGGCAGAUUGUAGAACUGGGCCUUGCAAGCUUUUGGUGGAUGCCAACAAUUUUCAAUGUUCGCCAGAAUGACAGAGAAGAUUUGUCUGUGCCUGUACAGAAAUGUGUUUGCAAUGACUAUAAGUAUUGAAGUUGAUUUGUGUUAUAUCAUUGAGUUUCUUCAUAUGUUCUCCCAAAGUGAAUUUGAGUUAUGAGAUUGGAAUCCAGUCAACUCCUUUCCUCCCUUUGUUCUUCA